AUGUCAGCGAUACGAAAGGGCGUGCAGCGACAACUCUUCCAAACGGACGAUGAACGUCUUCAUGCUAUAGUACAUGUUGUACGUGUUGACGGUCGCAAGAAAAAGCGUCCAACGUUCUUCUGCCUGGCAGUGACCAUAGAACAUCCCAUUUCUGUGCGUCUUUACUUCGUUAAAGGGGAAAAAGAUGAUGCGUUCAAAAAGCGCACUCGAUUUUAUCUGCGAGACGUAAGAGAAGUGGAUGGAAUCAAUCCAAAGAAGGCUUUGCCGGAUUUUCAUAUCACCAUUGGAGACCAUCGCUAUAGUAUCACUGCUAGCACACCGGAAGAAAAGGAUGAAUUUAUUCGGGAAUUAUAUAAGCUUUCGGCGCAGUAUCUUCCUGUACAAAUGCCUGAUUUUUGUAAUGUUUCCAUCCCUGUUGACAACCGUGAGAUUUCUAUCCUACCAAUCGAAACAGCCGAUGAAGAUAAUGGUGACAUGAUCCAUGACUACCAGAAGCCGGUUUUAUUACAGCCUGUAAGCGCCAAGGAAGAAGCGGAUUUCCGUCGACUUCUGAUGAAGGCUGAACUCACUAUUGGAGAAGCUGACAGAUUUUCUGAGACGUUUCUCUUUCAGCAUGUGAGGAAUAGCGUCGAGUUGAUCGAGGAAAAAGAUAGUUUGUCAGCUGUAGAGCGAAAGAAUAAAGACCGCCUUCAACAGGAACUAACAAGUUUUGUAGCCGCUUUGGAUACAGUCACCGACAACCACAUUCAAACUCUGAAAGAAGCAAACCUUAACGAUGCCGGAAGCAUCGCUCGUUGCGCUGAAGCUGCACGCGCCGUCUCGCACUUUUGGAACGGAUGCAUAUCGAAACCUAUGUUGCAAAUGAAGGCUUACGAAAAACGAAAUCGAGAUCUUGCCGUAAUUGAUCUCUUUGUCGAUCGAUUCAUGUCUCAUCUCUCAGCAAUUUUCAACAAUCUCAACGAUUUUUCUCUUGGACAGGACUGGCAUAGUCUUUCUAUACCCAAGCAGUCCCAACGUUUCCAUGCUCUUUCACCAUUAUCGGAUCUUAUCAGCUGGUUGAAAACCAACAGUUUACCAGGAGAAAAAUGUGACGGUAUCGAUCCUCGUCUCAUUCAGUUGAAGAAGUUUAGGCCGACUCCCUACAAUGCUGCUAUCCAACGAUAUGUAGAAUCUACACGAAACUUGUAUAAACGCCAUUUCGACACCUUCUUCGAAGCUGUCAUCGGAGAAGUGCAAAAGCUAGGUUCUGCUGAAAAACGUUUGAGUGGUUCUGUUGACAAGCAAAGCUUCUCUCUGAGCGAUGUUUCAACAGAGUACGGCCAAGUUUCCGCGUUUCAGCUGAUUGAGACGGUGUUGGGCGAGCUUGGGCCUAUCAUCGAGAUGGAACAAAAAUUCUGUGUGAGGUUUUUCCACAUAAACUCGGAAUUGAUUACAAAUGCAGAAACAACUUCAACCGAUAGCGGAGAAAGCGCUACUAUUGGCAAGUCUAAUUGUCUAAAGAUUGACUAUCAUUCAACCAAAAACGAAGUUUUUUUUAGCAAUGUAAUGCUAUUAUUCAUCAUCAUGUCGAAGAAAGUGCUAUUGCCCCAGGAAUCUGGCUCAUACUACUCUGUUACGUUUGGCACUUUCGUUGUUCUUAUCAAACGCCAGUUCGACCUCUUUAUGGAGUCAGAAGGUUUGGCCUUAUCGGACAUCAAAAUUUCAAAGCGGGUUCGACUAGGAAUUUUACCGACAAUUGAAAGGUUUGCUGACUUUGUGAGAACUGCAGAGUCCAUUUUCGAAGGAGCGGAGAGGCGGACUGACCUCGAAAAAUGGUAUGUACACCUUUAUCGUUGCGUUUGCGAAGGCAUUGAAAAGGCAGCAUCCAACCCUAAUAGUAAAUCGCCUACUGCUGUUGUUCGAUUUGAAAAUUACCACCAGCUUUACUUGACCUUGUCUGAGUUGAAAAUCCCAUUUUUGGACGCACAGCGAAAGGAAGCGAAGCGAGAAAAGGAGGAAAACAUUGACUUAUACGUUCGAGAGUAUAUGGGACGACCUUUAGAGAGAAUUCACGUGUUCUUCGAAGCUGUACAAAAUGCCAUCGAAAUGCGCGGUACAAAACCUGACGAGAUUUCGUACCAACCCCAGUUCAGCCGAGUUGAAUUGAAAAGAGUUAUUGCCAUGUAUCCCGGGAAGGAAGUGAAGAGGGGCUUGGAGCAACUGUACAGGAAGGUCGAGAAACACUUGGUUGACCAUUCCUCAUUACUACAGGUCGUAUGGAGGGAAAUGCAGGACCAGUUCCUCAAACAACUACAAGGCUAUCAGCGACUAAUGUCGACAUGUUACCCGGGUUCGAAAAUCGAGCUAGAGGUAUCCGUACAAGACGUACUAAGCUACUUCUCGGACAUUGCUCAGCAGCACUGA